AUGCAGCUCACAUCCAUCCUCACUCUCGCCAUCUUGGCUCUGGGCAUUUCAGCUCAUCCGAGCAUGGAAUCCAGAAACAGCGCUCCUAGCUGCUCAGGCGAACGGGUCUGGAACGACGCCGACAAACAGUGCGAAUGCACCCCAGACAAGUCCUGGGACCAGGGCAAGCAAAAAUGCUGCCAUCCUCCCAUGCCACAACCCCAAUGCCCUCAAGGACAAAACCCAUACUGCUCCAAAUCCCAGAACCAAUGGUGCCCAUACGAUAAGAAUAACGACUACUGCGAGGACAACGGCUACAACUCCGCCUGGUGCUGCGUCAAAGGUCAAGAGCCGCCAAAGAUGGGCCAGAUGUACCCACCCAACCCACCAGUCUGCAAAGAUAAGCAAAAGUACUGUCCAGACCAGAAGCAAUGCGUGUGCCCGAAACCCAUGUAUUGGAAGGACCAGGACCAGAAGUGUCAUUAUCCUGCUAAGCCAAAGCCUUCUUGUCCCGUUCUGCAGCAGCCAUAUUGUGGGAAGGGGAAGGAUCAUUGGUGUGCUUAUGAUGCUAAUAACCAGGACUGUGAGGAUGAUGGAACUUGCCACACUUGGUGUUCUAGCCCGUUGACGGUUCAGGGGAUGGUGAAUUCUAUUUUUGAUCUUUUGUGA